AUGCUACUGUUGUUGAAGAGAGGGAACAAGUAUUGCUUUCCAAAGGCACAAGCCAAUCUUUCAGAAUCUAGUUGUAAAUUGGAUCUUUUACGACAGUCGCUUGAACACCGUCGCCAAGAGCUUCCAGCUAAUUCAACAACAGCUAUCCAAUUAGUACGAGAAUUACAAAACGCUCAAGCUGCUAGUCCAACUCCAAAUCAUGCUUAUGUUAGUUUACAGCCAUUUCUGAAAACAGAAAGAAAUGUCAUACCAGAAAAAGCUACUGUAUCUAGGUGUGCUGCGGUUACUGGUAAACUUGAAGUUAGGUUAAUGGGUUGUCAGGAUUUGCUCGAAGAAGUUCCAGGUAGAUCAAGGCGAGAAAAAGACAAUCCUGGAGACUUAAGAUCUUUUGUAAAAGGAGUGACGGGGCGUAGUUCUAGUAAAUCAUACAAUAUUAAAGAUGAAAUUAGUAAUGAAAUCAUGGCUGUUAUUAAACUAGAUAAUCAAACAGUUGGUCAAACUAGCUGGCGACCAUGUUCUCAACAAGCCUGGGACCAAAGAUUUUCAAUUGACUUGGAUAAAUCUCGAGAGCUUGAGAUUGGUGUAUAUUGGAGAGAUUGGCGAUCAUUGUGUGCCAUUAAAUUUCUUCGAUUAGAAGAAUUUAUUGAUGAUAUUCGACAUGGUAUGGCUUUACAAUUGGAACCACAAGGACUUCUUUUUGCAGAGAUCAAAUUUUUAAAUCCUAUGAUAUCACGUCAACCUCGUUUACGAAGACAACGCAAAAUAUUUAAACAGCAAGCUAAAAACUUCCCUAGAGCCAAUCAAAUGAACAUCAAUAUAGCUGCUUGGAGUCGACUUCUUAAAAGAUCUUCACCUUCAAUCCAAAAUUCACCAUUAGUUCCUGUACAGCAACACUCAAGAUCACAUUCACACUCUGACAGCUCUACAGAUGGAGGCGAUACAAGACUCGAAGAAAAAUGUACACCUGGCGAAACACCUGAACCAAUUAACACUUGUGGAUUGGCUGGCGCACGACCAUUAGGUUUAGGGGUUGCAGUUCUACCACCGCUGCCACCUACUAUCACUGAACAGCGAAACCUAUCUACGGGGUCUCCCACAUUCCUACCUUCAACAGUUAUAGCAGCAAAUAAGAGAACACCAGCUGUACCAACUGUGCCACCUCCAAGGCCACCACGACAAUUAGAUCAAGAGCUGCAGAAUGCGUUGAAGGAAUUUGACUUUUUACAUGACGACGAGCAACAGACAUUACCGCCAGUUCAUAGGAGACAUGUAAUGACAAUGUCUGUGAGCAUAGAAAGUGUUGGAAGUUCAACUUUGGGAACACCGCAGCCGUCUCCUCUUGUAGAGUUUCCCCAGGACGAGUCGCCACUAUUUAGUCAUCCUGUUUCUCGUGUACUUGAUUACCGGGAAAAUGAACCAAAAGCAUAUCAACUUACAACAUCUAAUAAUAUGCAACCAGCGGAAUCUAAUAAAAUCACACUAUCUAGUGCUUUCAAAUUUUCUCAAAUGUCUAUGGAUGACUUUAGACUGCUUAGUGUAUUGGGCAGAGGCCACUUUGGAAAGGUAAUUUUGUGUCAACAUAAAAAGUCUAGUGAAUAUUUUGCCAUAAAAGCACUAAAAAAAGGUGAUAUAAUUGCCCGUGAUGAAGUUGAGUCACUGUUGUCCGAAAAAAGAAUAUUUGAAGUUGCAAAUGAUAUUCGACAUCCAUUCCUUGUAAAUUUAUUUGCUUGCUUCCAAACUGAUGCUCAUGUCUGUUUUGUAAUGGAGUAUGCUGCUGGUGGUGAUUUGAUGAUGCAUAUACAUGCCGAUGUGUUUACAGAACCGAGGGCAGUGUUUUAUGCUGCCUGUGUUGUUUUAGGAUUACAGUAUUUACACGAAAACAGUAUAAUUUAUCGUGACCUGAAAUUGGAUAACUUAUUAUUGGAUACCGAUGGGUAUGUGAAAAUAGCGGAUUUUGGAUUGUGCAAAGAAGGUAUGGGAUAUGGGGAUCGAACUGGAACAUUUUGCGGAACACCUGAAUUUUUAGCUCCAGAAGUUCUCACUGAAACGUCAUAUACACGUAGUGUUGAUUGGUGGGGUCUUGGAGUUCUUAUAUUUGAAAUGCUUGUUGGAGAGUCACCAUUCCCAGGUGAUGAUGAAGAAGAAGUAUUUGAUUCUAUUGUGAAUGAUGAAGUUAGGUAUCCCAGGUUCUUAUCAUUGGAAGCAAUUGCAAUUAUGCGAAGACUUUUACGCAAAAAUCCAGAACGAAGAUUAGGAUCAAGUGAAAGAGAUGCGGAAGAUGUGAAAAAACAAGCAUUCUUUAGACAAGUUGUUUGGGAUGAUUUGUUACACAGAAAAGUUAAACCACCAUUUGUACCUACAGUUAAUUCUGUUGAAGAUGUAAGUAAUUUUGAUGAAGAAUUUACUUCUGAAAAACCACAACUAACACCACCCAAAGAUCCAAGACUGUUAAAUGAUGAUGAACAACAGUUAUUUAAAGAUUUUACAUAUACAGCUGACUGGUUUUAA